UUGUGACGCGUCUUAUUGGUUGAGUGCCAGGCAGGUGUAAACAAGGCAGAAGGUACCUCACAACAGAAGGUACUUCAGAGUUCAUACCUCACAACACAUCCUACAAUGUUCCUCUAAAUACGUAUCGUGUGUGACUGAUGCAACUAAGUCGGUCUGCAGUAUACACCAUGUUGCAGACACACGCAGAAAAAGACCGCAUAAUUAUAUCCCUUCCACCUCCAUUUAUCAGACAGGCUUCCCCUCACACCAAUGAUGACUUUGACGAAUCUGUUAAAAAUGCAGCAUGUGGCAACCGCACUCUGCAGGCUGGCUUGAAAAUAUCCAAAAUGAUUGUUCUUGGGGAUGUGGCCACUGGCAAAACCUGCUUGGUCAAUAGGUUGUGCCAUCAAGUUUUUGAUGCAAAUUACAAAGCAACAAUCGGAGUGGACUUUGAAGUUGAAAGAUUUGAUAUUCUUGGUAUUCCGUUUAAUCUUCAAAUUUGGGACACUGCUGGGCAGGAACGGUUUAAGUGUAUUGCUGCCUCAUAUUACCGUGGUGCACAUGCGGUAAUGGUUGUGUUUGAUGUCACAAACAUUGUGACACUAGCUCAUACAGCUCAGUGGUUGGAGGAGGCGCGACAAGCCAACCUAAAUUCAAACCCCCUUGUCUUUCUGGUGGGAACCAAGCGUGACUUAAUGAGUGAAGGGGCAUAUAACCAGAUUGAGGCUCAAGCCAAACGUGUUGCUCAAGGCUUAGGAGCAGAGUACUGGGCUGUGUCAUCCAAGACUGGAGAUAAUGUGGAAGCUCUCUUUCUCCGUGUGGCAGCACUUACCUUUAACCGAGCUGUGCUUCAGGAGGUCCAGGGUUAUGAUCUUCAGAAAUUUGGAGACUCUUUCAAAAUAGGUGAAAAACUGGACAAUGCUUCUGAAGCUCGCAAAAAGUCCAAGUGUGCUGCUUGUGGAAAGUAAGUUACACCUUAUUUAUGAAAAAACAAUACCUCAAUAUUUUGUAAAGCUUGAUCUCAAUUGACAUAUUACAUUAUUCAUUAGAGAUGUACUGUUUAGAUGUUUUGUCUGCAUUGAUGAUAAAUCAUUGUCAUUAUUAUGUAAACUUGAUGAUACGCCUAAAAAAUAGCAAGCUAGUAGGCCUCAAAAUAUACUGACUUUCGUUCUUUUGACGUUGUGAAGAUAUUGUUUCCUGAUAUUGGUGCCAUCAUUUGAUAAACACAGUGAAAGAAGCACAAAGCUAAUUAUCUCUUUCUCCAGUACAGUACUACAACUCCAUGGUAUAUAUACCAAGUUCUUAUUCAUGGUCUACUGAAGAUUCACUAGGUGCACUUACUUUGGCUUUCCAAGUGACAUAGGCUUAUGCACAUUGCUAGGUGUCAGUCAUUUCAUAUCAAUCUAGUUUUAAUAUUUAGAGUGUAUAAAAAGGUGCUUCAUGUAUUUUGCUAUUAGUAGGGCUAUUUGGGUUGGUAAGUAUAGCCUCAGAUAUAUUUUGUGAUAAUUAAUAUGAGAGUAAAUCCAGUAUUUUGGGCAUUUUAUCUCUAUUGAUUCAUGUUCUGAGUAUAUAAUAUGGAUUGUAAGAUACACUGCUGCAUUUCCAUGUAAGCAUUGUUAAUACGAUACUUAUGUUUCAUUCAUAUUCAUAGUAAUCUUGGUUUGUGUUUAUUAAGUUUUGUAUAAUGAAUGGAUUUGCCUUUUUGGAGAAAGGGGCUAUCUACACCUGCAUUGUGAUAUUUGUAGUUAUAUGAUAUCCUCUUACAAGUGUUUUAUACAAAUACUUUUGCCUGAUGAAAGGAAUCACUGCUCAAUUGUAAGUAUCAACAGGUUUUACUUUUAAUUUAAGGAUUUACCAAUGGCUUCUGAAGGUUUGUCAUGCAUACCUUUAGCAUGUUAUAGGAUAAUUGUUUAAAAAUACAUUAUUCAGAUGAUUAUUUGUACAGUAUGCUGUAGUCAAAUUAAAACAAAAUAUUGUAUUUUUUGUGCUUACUGCAUUUAAAAAUAAGGUAUGCUGGACAGUUCUUGAUAUCUUUGUUCACAUAUUACCUGCAUUAGUACUGCAGUGUUUCACUAGUGGCUGAGUUAGCCUGACAGAGUGCCCAAACUAGAAUCCAUGGCAUAAUGUACACACUGCAAUCCUUGUCAAAGUGCUUUAAUAUUAUUUUUUAUAUAAUGUUCCAAUGUUCAAUGCAUAUAUAUAUCAGUGGCAUACCGUGGUUGCACUGAUGAGGCAUGCAGAACACCCACACAUAUCAGUUAUCAAAUCAAAUAUCAAGUAGGAUAUGGCCUUUCUCUAAGUAAGGGUUGUCAAGCUUUUAUAAACACCUAUUUUCUUAAAUUAUAUCAGUGGCAUCUGACAAAGUAUCUAUUAUAAAUCAUUAAAUAAACGGUGCAAAAAUACUUAUGGCAAAAGAAUAUUAAGCUUUCAGUGUGAUCUACAGUACCUAAUUAAGAAAUAAAGUAGUUAAAAAAUGACUAGGCAUCAUGCACAACGCUGGCCCUCUGUAAAGUUGCCAAUGAUCUUAUUGCUGAACAUUUAAAUAAUGAGUAAAUAUUUUUCUUUAUA